UAAUCGAGGUCCGCUGGAGGCUCGGAGCGCGCGGGCUCAGCUCUCCUCGCGGCUCCUCCCCGGCGGCGGCGGCGGCGGCGGCGGCUCGGAGCGGGCUCCGGGGCUGGGACGCAACGGCCGGAGGACGCCGGGCUGCGAGGAUUACCGGGGGAAGUGGCUGUGUCUCGGCUGGAGCCGCGGAGAGGGGCGCCCGGGGCGGAGGGCCGGAGCGAGAGGAGACAGGCUCGGGCGGCUGCGGCGGGCGCCCGCGAGGAGCGCGGGCACCGGACGAGCAGGCCGCGUCGCGCUCACCAUGGUCAGCUGCUGGGACACCGGGGUCCUGCUCUGCGCGCUGCUCGGCGGUCUGCUUCUCACAGGAUGUAGUUCAGGUUCAAAAUUAAAAGGUCCUGAGCUGAGUUUAAAAGGCACCCAGCACGUGAUGCAAGCAGGCCAGACGCUGUAUCUCAAAUGCAGAGGGGAAGGGGCCCAUUCAUGGUCUUUGCCUGCAACAGUGAGUAAGGAAGGCCAAAGCCGUAGGCUGAGCAUAACUAAAUCUGCCUGUGGGAGGAGUGGCAAGCAGUUCUGCAGUACUUUGACUUUGAAUGCGGCUCAGGCAAACCACACCGGCUUCUACAGCUGCAAAUAUCUCUCUACACCUGCUUCCAAGAAAAAGAAAGCAGAAUCUACAAUCUACAUAUUUAUUAAUGAUACAGGUAGACCUUUCUUAGAGAUGCACAGUGAAAUCCCGGAAAUUGUAAAUAUGACCGAAGGAAAGGAGGUCGUCAUCCCCUGCCGGGUUACAUCACCCAACAUCAAUGUUACUUUAAAAAAGUUUCCAUUUGAUACCCUGAUCCCUGAUGGAAAAAGAAUAACGUGGGACAGUCGGAAGGGCUUUAUAAUAUCAAAUGCAACAUACAGAGAAAUAGGGCUUCUGACCUGUGAAACAACACUCAACGGACAUGAGUACAAGACAAACUAUCUCACGCUUCGACAAACCAACACAAUCACAGACGUCCAAAUAAGCACGCCAAGUCCAGUCAGGUUACUUAGAGGUCAUGCUCUCACCCUCAACUGCACGGCCACCACUCCCUUGAACACAAGAGUUCAGAUGACCUGGAGUUACCCUGGGGAAGUAAAUAAGAGAGCCUCUAUAAGGCAACGAAUUGACCGUCGCAAUUCCCGUAACAAUGUAUUCUACAGCAUUCUUUUUAUUGACAAAGUGCAGAACAAAGACAAAGGACUUUACAUUUGUCAUGUGAAAAGCGGCCCGUCAUUGAAAUCUGUUAACACCUCAGUGCAUAUAUAUGAUAAAGCGUUCAUCACAGUGAAACCUCGACAGCAGCAGGUGUUUGAGACUGUAGCUGGCACGCGGUCUUAUCGGCUCUCUGUGAAAGUGAAGGCGUUUCCCUCGCCAGAAGUUGUAUGGUUAAAAGAUGGGUUACCAGCCACUGAGAAAUCUGCCCGCUAUUUGGUUCGUGGCUAUUCGUUAAUCAUCAAAGAUGUUACUGCCGAAGAUGCAGGGGAUUACACAAUCUUGCUGGGCCUAAAGCAGUCAAAUGUGUUCAGAAACCUCACUGCCACUCUAAUUGUCAAUGUGAAACCCCAGAUUUAUGAAAAGGCUGUAUCAUCAUUUCCAGACCCAACUCUCUACCCACUGGGCAGCAGACAAAUCCUGACUUGCACCAUUUACGGUAUCCCUCAACCUACCAUCACGUGGUUCUGGCAUCCCUGUAACCAUAAUCAUUCCAAAGCAAGGUAUGACUUUUGCUCCAAUAAUGAAGAGUCCUUUAUCCUGGAUCCUGACAGCACCAUAGGAAACAGAAUUGAGAGCAUCACUCAGCGCACGGCAGUCUUAGAAGGAAAGAAUAAGACGGCUAGCACCUUGGCCGUGGCUGACUCUAGAAUUUCUGGAAUCUACAGUUGCAUGGCUGCCAAUAAAGUAGGGACUGUGGAAAGAAACAUAAACUUUUACAUCACAGAUGUGCCCAAUGGAUUUCAUGUUAACUUGGAAAAAAUGCCUACGGAAGGAGAGGACCUGAAACUGUCUUGCACGGUGAACAAGUUCUUAUACAGAGACAUUACCUGGCUUUUGCUGCGGGCAGUGAACAACCGGACCAUGCAGCACAGCAUCAGGAAGCAAAAAAUGGCCAUCACGAAAGAGCACUCCGUGACGCUUAACCUCGUCAUCAAGAAUGUUUCCCUGGAAGAUUCGGGCACCUAUGCCUGCCGAGCCAGGAACAUGUACACAGGGGAAGAAACCCUCCAGAAGAAAGAAGUGACCAUUAGAGAUCAGGAAGCACCCUACCUCCUACGAAACCUCAGUGAUCACACAGUGGCCAUCAGCAGUUCUACGACUUUAGAUUGUCGUGCUAACGGUGUCCCAGAGCCUCAGAUAACCUGGUUUAAAAACAACCACAAAAUACAACAAGAACCUGGAAUUAUUUUAGGACCAGGAAGCAGCACGCUGUUUAUUGAAAGAGUCACGGAAGAGGAUGAAGGUGUCUAUCACUGCAAAGCCACCAACCAGAAGGGGUCCGCGGAGAGUUCGGCAUACCUCACCGUGCAAGGAACCUCAGACAAGUCUAAUCUGGAGCUGAUCACUCUGACGUGUACCUGUGUGGCUGCAACCCUCUUCUGGCUCCUGUUAACUCUCUUUAUCCGAAAACUGAAAAGGUCUUCUUCCGAGAUUAAAACUGACUACCUAUCGAUUAUCGUGGACCCAGAUGAAGUUCCCCUGGAUGAGCAGUGCGAACGGCUCCCUUACGAUGCCAGCAAGUGGGAGUUUGCCCGGGAGAGACUUAAACUGGGCAAAUCACUUGGAAGAGGGGCUUUUGGAAAAGUGGUCCAAGCAUCUGCCUUUGGCAUUAAGAAAUCACCUACAUGCCGGACGGUGGCUGUAAAAAUGCUGAAAGAGGGGGCCACAGCCAGUGAGUACAAGGCUCUGAUGACCGAGCUCAAGAUCUUGACCCACAUCGGCCACCACCUGAAUGUUGUCAACCUGCUGGGAGCCUGCACCAAGCAAGGAGGGCCUCUGAUGGUGAUCGUUGAAUAUUGCAAACACGGAAAUCUAUCCAACUAUCUCAAGAGCAAACGGGCCUUAUUCUUCCUCAACAAGGAUGCAGCCUUACACGUGGAGCCUAAGAAAGAGAAAAUGGAACCAGACCUGGAGCAGGGCGAGAAACAAAGACUAGAUAGUAUCACCAGCAGCGAGAGCUUCGCAAGCUCCGGGUUUCAGGAAGAUAAAAGUCUGAGUGAUGUUGAGGAAGAGGAGGAUUCUGACGAUUUCUACAAGCAGCCCAUCACUAUGGAAGAUCUGAUUUCUUACAGUUUUCAAGUGGCCAGAGGCAUGGAGUUUCUGUCUUCCAGAAAGUGCAUUCAUCGGGACCUGGCAGCACGAAAUAUACUGCUAUCUGAGAACAACGUGGUGAAGAUUUGCGAUUUUGGCCUUGCCCGGGAUAUUUAUAAGAACCCCGAUUACGUGAGAAAAGGAGAUACUCGACUUCCUCUGAAAUGGAUGGCUCCCGAAUCCAUCUUUGACAAAAUCUACAGCACCAAGAGCGACGUGUGGUCUUACGGAGUACUGCUGUGGGAAAUCUUCUCCUUAGGCGGGUCCCCGUACCCGGGCGUGCAGAUGGACGAGGACUUCUGCAGCCGCCUGAAGGACGGCAUGAGGAUGCGGGCCCCGGAGUACGCCACGGCCGAAAUCUACCAGAUCAUGUUGGACUGUUGGCACAAAGACCCAAAAGAAAGGCCAAGAUUUGCAGAACUUGUGGAAAAACUAGGCGACUUGCUUCAAGCCAAUGUACAACAGGAUGGCAAAGACUACAUCCCACUCAAUGCCAUACUGACAGGAAAUAGUGGGUUUACGUACUCAACUCCUGCCUUCUCAGAGGACUUCUUCAAGGAAGAUAUUUCUGCUCCAAAGUUUAAUUCAGGAAGUUCUGAUAAUGUCAGAUAUGUAAAUGCUUUCAAUUUCAUCAACCUGGAAAAAAUCAAAACCUUUGAAGAACUUUCACCAAAUGCCACCUCCACGCUUGAUGACUACCAGGUGGACAGUGGCACCCUGCUGGCCUCUCCCUUGCUGAAGCGCUUCACCUGGGCCGAGAGUAAACCCAAGGCCUCACUGAAGAUUGACUUGAGAGUAACCAGUACAAGUAAGGAGUCGGGCCUUUCUGACCUCAGCAGACCCGCGUUCUGCCAUGCCAGCUGUGGGCACCUCAGCAGAGGCCGGCGCAGAUUCACCUGUGACCACUCGGAGCUGGAGAGGAAGAUUUCGUGCUGCUCUCCCCCGCCCGACUACAACUCCGUGGUCCCGUACUCCACCACCCCCCGUCUAGAGCCCGACUCAGCACAGCCUUCUUUCUAGAACCACGUGUGUAUUUAUACCCCCAGAAAAGUAGCUUUUGCCAGUAUUAUGCAUAUAUAAAUCGACACCUUUUCCUUUCCACAGAAGCCAGCUGCUUUUGUGUGACUGUUAAUAGUGCUUCUGUCUCUUUUGACUAACACGAAUGUAACCCCAGAUAGAGGAAUAGUGACAAGCCAAGAGCACCACUGCCAACCCUCGCGGGACUCAGAGGGCAGGACAAAUCCUUCCUCAGCCCCAGGACUUGCCUCUCCUCCCCGGGACCCCAGGGCCGCCGGGCUCCGGGUGGUUCAGGACACGCACUGUCACCUGUCACCGCAGCUCAGACUCGGCGGCGGGCCAGCAAGGCCUGUGCUGCGCAGGCGUGGCUCUGGGGCCCUGCAGCAGCUGACACGCAUGUGAGGAGGAGGAGGGGAGAGAGGAAGAGAACAGGACAGGGGGCGGGCGGUGAGCGGAGGCCAAAAAAGGCCAAAUGUAAUUUUUGCAACGACCCAGCACAUGGCAUCACCUCAGCUAUGGGACGGGUUCUGUGCCUCUUCCCAGACGGGGCACGGCUUUUGUCUCCAGCGCUGAGUGGAGCUCAAAGCCAAGCCCGUCCCCCAGCAGGACACGCUGACCCCGCCUCCUGAGCUGGGCUGGGCAGGGGUGCCAGGGGUGGGGGUGUGGGGGGUCGCCUCUCCCCAUGCGCUGCUCCCAGGAAGCUCACCCCAGUGAGUCUGGUCUGCUAGGUCACCGGUUCGGCUUAAAGCCACGUUUUCAAAGAUACUGUCAGAUUCCAUCUGGAGUGUUAACAUCUAGUCAAGACACUUAACUCAGUUUUUGGAAUUAACCUGUUUCGUACAGUUAGUUAUAAAAGGAAGCUGAGGAGAAGGAAAACAGUCUUGCGGAGGUUUACUCUAGACCCAGACUAGGAUAGAUGGAGAAAAAAAGAAAAGGCAGAGUGAAAACUCCAUCUCCACGCCAACCAGACCAACUCCUGAAAACCGUGGCGACCCGAGGACGGAAGUCAACCAGGUGUCCUUCUUAUUCGGUGGAGACCCUACCCACGCUCGCCCCUUAGACAGAAGAGCAUUGACCAAUGUCUACUAAGCACUUUACGCUCUUUGAGGAAAAAGGUGGUAUGUAAUUUAUGCAAGAUACUUCUAGAAUUGGGACUCAGGAUAUUAGUUAAUGAGCUGACAAUAGGAGAAAAGCCUCUUUUCAUCUACUUUGGGCCUUGCCUCGGAUCUGAGGAUGAUGGAAAUAGGGAGACAGGGUACAAAAGGGUGCCUACUUCUCAGGGUCCAGAGGCCCUGGACCCCUCACUGGCUCUGCGUGAUGCUGCGUAUUUAGGAUGUGCACACCUUCUGGGGCCAGUUGGAGCCAGACAGGCCACAAGGAAUCGCUGCUCCCAGUAGAGAAGAGGAUGCUUCCCUUCUUAACUCUAGAACCUGAGACGGAAGUGAUGGACGGGCCUGUGCUUCCCGCCCCGUGUGCCACAGUCUUGCUUCAAGGCUUUUCGUAUGAAGAGAUGGGAGAGCUGGAAGGUCCCCAGCAAGACGUCGGCUGCUUCCGGGGGCGGGGACUCUGCUGGAGGAGCCUCUGGCCAGUCUCCAGCAAGAGCCAAGUGCAGAGAGAAUCGGGCCAGGGCCAGGAGAGGGGGGCCUUCUUCUUCCUCUUCUUCACAAGCCCAGGAGCACCUGUGACCCCCGGCAACAGUAGAAAUCAGGUAACCGGGAGGAGGUCAAACGGGGAAAUUACAAGAAGACCACAAUCGAUUCUCCUGUUUUCUCAAAUCAGUUAAGGAUCCAGCAGUUAGUGGAAACAAAGAAAAACCUUAGCUAUACAUAUAAUGUCUUGAUUUCAAUAAUCUAACUCUUAAUCAUUAAGAGGCCUUAGUAAUACCAUCUAUCCAAAAGACAAAGAACACGUUAGACUAUGUUAAUCCGGCUUCCUCAGAGACUCGGGUCUGUCCGUCAGUCCGGUUUUCUCUGGAGUCUUAACAUAGAACGAAAACUGGAAGCUGGGAGGAAUGAGUGUAUCCAGUGGCGAAGGGCUUGUCCCAGACGGGUUCGUUGAAACAGCACUGAAAAUUCAAUCACUAGUGGACUGAUGGUAUUAUUAGACCCAUUUGUCAUUUCCGACAGAAAUGGUUGGCAUGAACAAUGAGGGGACAAGCACUCCCUUUCAGGACUUGUGAGAUCACGGACACGGAGCAGCGUGGGUAGGAGGGGACGGGAACCACGCGCGAGCCUGUAUCUAGUUGGUCUAAGAAUGACGCUCAGGCCCGUGGAGCAAGUGGGUCCAAACCCUGAGAAGGUGACCUCGGCCUUCUGGCUGCACCUCGCUUCCCAGCCCCUAAGAAUGCCACACAGGAAACAACCACAUGUCGGCCCCUUUUAACUGAUCAAAGAAGGAGUGCAUCUUUGACCGACAGUGGUAGUAACUAUAUGUAUAUUUGUGUGUGUGUGUGUGUGUGUGUUGUUCAGAACUAUUUAAGGAAACUGGAAUUUUAAAGUUACUUUUAUACAAACCAAGAAUAUAUGCUGCAGAUAUAAGUAAGACAGAAUCUCGUCCUACAUCUCUAGUCACUAUGAAUGUACUUUGUAUGCUAUCUUCAUAUAAUAAAAUUAACUUACAAAAACAUCCAUAUAUUUUCUAUUUUUCGUAUAAAUGAAAAAAGGGGUCUUGGUUUCCCUGGGCGGGGGAGUGGACAGGUGUUCUGGGAGAGCCCAUGAAAUGCCAAUUACUAAUCCAGCACAAGAAACAGAAAGCAAGCGCCACUAAAGAUGGGGCACAGAGUGUCUACCAGCCCACAGAGUGGCUGCUCUAAACAAUCGAGACACUGCGAACAGUAAAUCAACAUCAAAAUCUAAAAUGAAUACGACCA